CCUCUGGUUUUUCAUAUUCCUUUUCAUAGCCUUCUGCAUUUAUCUUAAACAAAUCCCAACUUGCUUGCUUGUAUAUAUCGAAGCGACUUGGACAGUUGGAAGUAGAACCCUAUUCCCCUUCCCUCUCGAAAGGUUCCACAUACAUAUGCAGAUUGUGAAAGCAUAAACAUAUGCGUUUCGUUCUUCUGUUUUGUUUUUGCAUUCUCUUUCUACCAAUUUUCUGUAUUGAAAUACUGAUAAUUUGAGUCAACAAUACAUAACCCACAUUGAAUCCAUCCAAAUAUCAUCCAUCAAAUCAUUCUUCAAAGCAUUUGGAAGAUUUGAGAAUGGGGUUUUCGGUCCUGGGAUCAGUGGGCUCUCAUAUUUUAGUAAGAAAUUCUUACGAAAGGACUUUGAAGAUUCAAUCUUUCAGGGAAAGAGAGAGACCCACCAUUGGUUUCGAGCUCUCAAGGUCGAGGUCCUACCAUGGAAGAAUCAAGUCGAGCAAGUAUGAAUUACCUGACUUUGAUGAAAGAACAAGCCCAAAUGAGGUGAGGAAAGAGAUACAACGAUGUUAUGAACUGAUACACAGACUUGGGAGAGGAGUCGUGUAUCUGGGUUCUUCAAGGAUGGGACCUGAUCAUUCACAUUAUUCGAAAACGCUAGAGUUAAGUACAGAGAUUGCAAAUCUUCUGGGAUGUACUUCAUGGACGGGGGCUGGUCCGGGGCUAAUGGAUGCUGCUACUAAAGGUGCUUUGCGUGCAGGAAAAUCGGUUGGUGGAUUUAAGAUUGGUAAAGAAGCUGGCGAAUGGACAGCAUCAAAUUAUCAUCCCUACCUACCAUCAGAAGUGUAUCUCACAUGCAGGUUUUUCUCUGCUAGGAAGCAUGGUUUGGUAGAUGCUGUAGUUAGAAGCAGUAGUUCCGAACGGACAGCUGUUGUUGCUCUCCCUGGUGGGAUUGGUACUCUCGAUGAAGUUUUUGAGAUAUUAGCACUGAUUCAGCUAGAACGAAUUGGGUCAAAGCUUCCAGUUCCGUUCUUGUUGAUGAACUACGACUCAUUCUAUUCAAAGCUACUAAACUUCCUUGAUGAUUGUGAGGACUGGGGUACCCUCUCCAAGGGAGAGCUUUCAUCACUUUGGAAGGUUUGUGACAGUAACUCAGAGGCUUUGGCUUAUUUGUCAGAGUUUUACGACUUACCUCUUAGCGAGAAAGGAAGGCAUGACAACGAAUUGGAAAGUGCAAGCGGAAAAUUGUCUCAAUGAGAUUUGCAGUUGAAGUGGUUGUCUGUAGAAUGCCUUUUCCAUUCAAGCAAUGGUCUCAAAAUCUGUUGUAACUUAAUCACACUUGCGUGCGGAAAUAUUGUUCACUGCCUGAAUUUAGAUUUCCAUUUUCCUCA